AUGCCGACCCUGUCGACUCAGCCCCUGAGGACUCCGAUGAUGAUGACAUGCCUGGACUUCGUUCUGACACUGGUGAUUUUUCUGACGAAGAUGCCACGGACAUCCCCCCCUCCUCCUCCGCUUUCUACUCCGUUACUCCCAAUUGAUACUCCCACCAAUAAAUCACCGCCCAAUUUUCCAACCCAGGAUAUUCAACCACCAACCAAAAUGACGUACGAUGAAUAUGAUCGUAACAACGGUCAUCGGAGUAGAAAAACUACACUCCGCAUGGCCCUCAAGGACAAUGUGACACUGACACACCCCCCUCCUCCAGGUGUCACCACCGAGGAUUGGAUGCUCAACAAAAACGACUGGGCCUCAGCUAUGACCCACCUUGAUUUUACGCCGACCAUCGAUAGAUGUGCAUCUCAAACCAACUCACAACUACCGAGGUUUGCUGGCCCGGAAGGUGGUGAAGUCAAUGACUUCCGUUAA